UUAGCGGCUCCACGGUGUCCAGCGACGCAGAGCGCGCGGGGUGGCGCGGGCUCCCCCUCACCGGGCCGCCGAGCGAACGGAGAGGAGGGCGAUCUGCGUGCUCCGCCUUCUCCACAGAGGCCGCCGCAGCCGCCGCCGCGAUGGAGGACGAGAAGGAGCGGCAGAGGCUCCUACAAGCCGGGAAGGCGCGGCUGGCGGCGUUUCAGCAGCAGAGGAGAGAACACCAGCAGGAGGGUGGGGGCAGCGUGGAGGAGGAGGAGGAGGAGAAGGAAGGGAGUGAGCGGCCAACGACCCGGCGCAACAAAAAGCGCUCCGGGAAGGGUGGUGGCGCUGCCCCAACAGCUGAGCGCGAGGCCCGAGGCAAGCAGCUGCAUGGCGCACGUACCCUGCGCUCCGGGGACUCUGUCAGCCAACAGCAAACCUACGUGUUCAAGGUUUCCUCUUCUCCAGAAGAAGCCCUAUCUGGGCCGGAGGAUGAGGAGACACAGAGUUCGGAGAGUGUCACGGGACCAAGCAGCCCCAAUGAAUCACGGAAGCAUCGUCCACCUCGCCGGUCGCCCGCUAAAGCCACUCGGCAACAGCAACAGCAUGGCCAGGCGGCUGAGCAGCUCAGCAGUCCCUUAAGCACGGGUGGGAGCCCGUCCCCACAGAGCCCCCGCCACAAUGCGGGCAUCGCCCCUCCAUUGCAGCGCGUUCGCACAACUUCCCCCCCGAUGUCUGUCACCAUGGCUGAAGAUACACUGGAUGGCACUGAAGUGAAAGAGCAGCCAUUCCUACAGAAGGAUAAUAUUGAAACACAGCUGUCGGAGGAACAGGUGAAGGAGGUGCAUGCAGCGAUUCAGCAGCGAGACACCAUCAUCACUCAACUGUCUGUCAAACUGCAGCAGGCGGUGCGCUCACGCGAUGCAGUGCAGCACGAGGCGCUCACGCUCAGCACCACCGUGCACGGCCUGCAGCAGCAGCUUUUCGAGGCGAGCGAGAUUUUGAAGAAGAGUCGCCACGGCAAUCUGGCGGCGGAGCUGCAGCAAGCGCACGAGCAGAUCUCGCUCUACCAGGAGACGAUCAACGAGCAGGGUCACGCCAUGCAGGAGCAUGCGGCGCGUGCCGCCCACCACGAGCAGCAGCUCGCACUCAUCCGCACCAAGCUGGAGGACUCGGAGAAGACGUUGAAGGAAAAAGACGUUGUUUUGAAUGGCUGCAAGGAGAGUAUUAAAGAGAAGGAGAACCUGAUUGGGGAGCUGAGCGGCAGAAUGAACGAAAAGGAAAAGAACAUAAUAGAGCUCAGCAAGAAGAUGCGAGAGCGGGAGGAUGCACUUGCUCAGCUCGCGCAGCGUGUGCAGGUCUCCGAGCAGAGCAACGCCAAGCUGCAGGAGACGCUGCAGCUGACGGAACGCGAUGGGGAGAAGAUGAGGAAUGAACUGUCCACCAUCAAGCAGCGUGAAAUGAAGACUUCGAGCGAGAUCAAGACGCUCAUGGGAACCAUGGAGCAGAUGCAGAAGCAACAUCAGGGCUCCUCGGAAGCCGAGCUGAUGCAGCGCAUUGAGGCCGAGCUGCAGAGGAAGCUGGACCGCUUGCGCACGGAAAUGGAUGAGACGCACGGGCUGCAGAUAGCGCAGAUGAAGCAGCAGAUGCGAGAGCAGCACAAGCGAGAGAUUGAGGAGCUGAACACCAUUCACCGUUCAGAGCUGGAUAAGAUGAGCUCCAUUCCCGUCAGCCACAUGGUGGACGAGGAGCAGGUUGACUUGCUGAACUCGGCAAUAAAUGAAUUGAACAUCAGGCUGAGGGAGUCGCACGUCCAGCGCGAUCAACUGAAGCAGGAGUUGGCACGGAGGGAGGAGGAAUACAAGAGUGAGGUGAGCGGCGUUGAGCGACGCCACGAGCAGAAGGUGCUCGAGCUGCGGUAUCAGCUGAGCCAGGCUCACGAACAGGUUCAGAGUCUCUCCAAUAAGCACACGGCCGGUGAGCAGCACAGCAAGGAGGUCGAGCUUCUGACAGCCGACCUCAAAGAACUAAGGGCCCAGGUCACAGAAAUGAACGUUGCUAAAAUGGAGCUUCAGUCCAAAUACGAGCAAGAAGUGAUGAACUACCAGAUCAAGCUGGAGAUGAUGGAGCGAGAGAAGGACGCAGUUCUCGAUCGAAUGGCGGAGUCUCAGGAGGCGGAGCUGGAACGUCUCCGGACCGAGCUGAUGUUCUCUCACGAGGAGGAACUCCGUGCACUCAAGGACGCACUCGCCAAGAAGCACCUGCAGCAGCAAGAUACCCUGAAAGUGAAGCAAAAGCAGCAAGUCGACCAUCUACAAAGUGAGAUGGACACUAAGAACGCUGCCAUUAGGGCUAAGUGUGAUGAGCUGUCUGCAGAAAAGGCUGGUCUCCUGGUAGAGAUCAGCACCAUGAAGUCUGAUAUUGAAAACCUGAAAAAAGGACAAGGUGAUGAUAAAGACAUGAUUAAACAAAUUGAGAUGCUAAAAGCAGAAGUGGGCACUCUUAGAAGCGUCCAGAAAGAUUUGCAGGAACGAGAGUUGCAGAUGAAAGAGCUGCAGGCAGCAAACAAACAGGUAAUAGCAGCGAGGGAAAAGUUGGAACAGCAGCUUGCGGAUUUCCAAAAAGCAGUGCCUCAGCAUAACGAUGUAGGUACCUUAAGCCCUACUGAUCUCGAGGAAAGUUCAAGUAGGGUCCCAGCUCUAGUAGAACAGUGUUCCAUGCUUGAGAAGCAACUCCGUGCCCUUAAGAAGAUAAAUGAAAUGGCUAAGCAGACUGAAUACCAGCUGAGGGAGGAGUUGGAGAAGCAACACAACACAUUUGUGUUUUCAGAGAGGAACUUCGAAGUGAACAUGCAGGAGCUACGAGAGGAACACGAGCAGGUUCUGAAAGAAAAAUCAUUGAUAGAAGUGAAGUUAGAGGUGCAGAUGGAAGAAGUAAAAACCCUUAAGUCAGAGCUCUUACAAAUAACUUUGAGUGCAGUAGACACAUGCGCAACAGAGACCGGAGGAGAGAUGAUGGUAGUGGAAAGCCAUAAAAAACAAGAUUUGUCUGCCACCUUUGUGGAGAAAGACUCUGUCGAACUCAUGGAAAAGAUACAGGUUGUGGAAAGAGAGAGAGAUCAUCUCGUUGAAGAAAAGGCCCUGCUGCUACGAAUGAUUGAAGAUCACAACGCAGAGGUGGCCUCUCUAAAGGCCCAGCACAAAACUGAGCUAACCAAGCUUGAAGAGACCUUCUGUAUUGAAAAACAGCAGGAGAUCAUAGGCAUCCGACAGGCAUUAGAGGCUGAGCACAAGCAAAACAUGGACCAGCUGCAGGUUCGGCAGGAGGCUUUGCUGCGAGAGAAGGAAGAGGCGUUGCAUGCCGCAUUCCUGAGCCAGACACAAGAAAUCCAGGCUGAACAUGCUCUACAGAGGGAGGCCACCCGCAUCGCGCUCACUCAGAUGCACGCCGCACAGCAGGAGCUGAUUCUGGAGGAACCUGGCCCAGCCGCACAGGGAACCCCAGUGGUGGUGGUGGCGGCACAUGCCUCUGGAAGCACACGGGAUGACGGACCCCUUGAGCCUCCCACAGCAGAAGGCCACACACAUGAAUCACCAGCCAGGGAAGGACAAGCCCUGGACACAACACUCACUAUAGCCAGCACGAUGUUGACAACAGCUGGGCCGUCAGACACGCAGAUGCUGACAGAUUCCCACCAGCAGCGAGUGCCCGUGCCAGGAGGUGGUGAGAAGGAGGAGAAGCGACACCAGGAGGUGGUAGAGCUUAUGACCAGUGUGCGGCUGCUAGAGGAGGAGCUUGCAGAGCUGAGGGGCUGUGCCCAGCAGCAGCGUUUGGAGAAGAGUGCCCUAGAACAGGAAUUUCUGGAACUAAGAGUCUGUAAAGAAGAAGAGGUGGACAGGCUGCGUGCUCAGCUGGAGGGCAGCCGUGCCAGUCGACAGGAGCUCAGUGAGCUGAAGACGCAGCUGCAGGCACGCUGCGGGCGCCUUGCCGAGCUCGAGUCGGUGCGGCAGGAGCAGGGAGCGCUCCUCGCACGGCUCGGGGCCGCCCAGGAGGAGACGGAGCGUCACGCGCGCGACAAGCAAGUCCUGCAGCAGGAGCUGCAGCGCCUGCGCUCGCAUGGGCUGCUGGCGGAAUCCACACUUAAGGCUGUUCCUCACCAGGCUGCAAUCUUGAGUCUUGGUCCACCUUGCACUGCUGCAUCACCAAGCAUGGAUGACGAUCUUCAGCAAGCCAUGACAUCAAUUCCAGAAGACAGGAAGGAAAUGGCUUUGCCUGUGAACUCUCAAGUGUCAGACUCCACUCUUGACUUAGCGGCAGCCUCUGGCAUCGAAGGGCCAACUCUCUCUUUGAUUGAGGGAGAGCCUCGGGCGCAGCCAGAGGUGAACAUGGGGCACAGGGAUGAGUGGGAUCAAACUUGGCAGAGACAACUGGAGCUGCAACAUCAGCAGCAGUUGUUGGCCUUGAGGGCCCAGCUGGAGUAUGAGCAGCAAGAGGCCAUGGAGAAGCUGACGCUUCAGCAUCAGGACGAGCUUCUCCUGCACAUUGCCAAGGUGAUAGUGGACAUGUCACUUCAGGUCGCUGUGCAUCAAGAGGCAGAAAGAUUGGCUGCCACUGAGGAAGUUUGGAAGGUCCAAUCGCAUGAGUCAUUGCAAGCUGAGAAGCAGGAUGAGCCAGACAGAUCAGAAACCCCACUACACACUGCAGGAAAGGAGAUUAAUCUGAUGUCUACCGCAGUGGAGGAGCAGAAAGCUGAAGUGUCUGGAGCAAGUGAAGCCGAGAGUGGUGACUCUGGGGUAGCUCGCAGCGUCUCUCAAGCACUGCACGACGCAACGUUCAGGUUCCCCAAGGAAGAUAAGGCUCUGUUGGAGGAGGUAUUCAAGGAGCAUGUGAACAUGGUGAAGCAUCUGCAAAGUGAAUGUGGCAGACUUAAAGACCAGUGCCGGAAACUGCAGGAACAACUGGUGUCUGAUCUGGACUCAUUACGGACAUCUCUGAAUGAGACGCACCAGCGAGACAUGGAAAAUGUGCGAGCUCUGCUCACUGUGGAACAUCAGAAAGAGGCUGUGAGUCUGAAGGAGGCUCACAGUAAGGAUCUGGAUGAUCUCAGGUCAUCACUAAAAGAGCAGCACAAAGAUGAAGUUGAAAAAGUUAUGGUGGCAGUUAAGGAAGCACAGCACAUGGAGUUACAGUCACUCAGAAGCUUCCUUGGCGAGAUGCAGGAUAGAAGACAGCUCGGGGAAAAUGAGCUCUGGCCACAUGGCGCUGUGUACUGUUCGUCAGAAGAGUACACAAGUGUGGAAGCAUUGUGCGCUGGCCUGGUGAAGCAGCAUGCCGGCGAGAUGGAGAAACUGAAGAGGGAGCAAAAAGAGUUGUUGCAAGAGCUCCAGGAGUCCUUCAACCAGAAGCUUGCCAACCUGCAGGCGGCACAUGCCGCGGAAACAGACGCGCAGUCGGCGAUGGAGGUCGCGGCUCUCAAAGAAGCACAGGAGGAGGAGGUGAAGGCACUGACUCAGCAGCUCGAGGCGCAGUGUGAAAAGCAUGUGUGCAAAGCCGUGCAGAAGCUCAGGGGUGAGCACAGAGAAGAGCUGGAGGCGCUUCUUGCAGCGCACGAGGAAGAGCUGAAGGAACAGGCGGAGAGGCUCGGGAGGCAGCACAGCCAGGCUUUGCAGGAAGCUGUGGGAGGCGUGCGCAGUGAGAACGCCGCGCUCGCCGCUCACAGCACCCAGCUACAGCAGGCUCACCAGGCGGAGCGAGCUGCCAUGCAGCAGGAGUUUGAGCAGAGGCUGGAGCACGUGCGGGCACAGCUCCUUGACGGCACUCAAGCCGAGCAAAGGCGCGUGGAGCAGAACGAGCGCUCGCAAGAAGAGCUGAUGCACGUGCAGUCACAGCUGGAGUGCAAGCAUGAGGCGAUGGACCGCAUUAAGGAGGAACUGACACGCGUGCAGGAGGAGCUGAAGCUCAAGCAAGUGGAGAUGGAGCAAAACCAGGUGGAUCUAGAGCAUGUACAAGAGAAGCUGAUGCAUGUGCAGGCAGAACUGGAGCGCAAGCAGGUUGAGCAAGAGUGCAUGCAGGCAGAACUGGAGCGCACCAAAAGGGAGACGGAGCACAAGCGAGAGGAGAUGGAGCACGUACAGGCGGAGGCAGCCAGGAGAGAAGCGCAGCUUGUUGCUGAAUGGACGGAGAAGUUGUACAAGGAAAGUGGCCAGCAGGAGAACGUGCAGCAGCUGCGCAAGGAACUGGACACGCUGCAAGAGAAGCUUCACAGCCGCAGCUCAGAGCUGGAGCAGCUCCUGCAGCGGAGGGAGCGCGAGAAUGAGGAGGGAGGGAACCUCCUGGGUCUCAUGAGAACCGACCUGGACCGGCUCCAGUCUGAGCGCGCAAACACUGUCAGGGCCAAUGAGCGCUUGCUGCAUGUGCUCUCCGAGGUGGUGCGACGCGUACUCUCCUCCGAAGAGUCCAUCGCUCGCCGCGUCUCUGCUCUCAUGGCCCCCCCGCCGGAGCAUGCUGGGACGUCCGCACAAGUGCCGGCGGGGUCUGUGCUUGACGUGGAUGAAGGGGUCGCGUCGUCCGCGUCCCCCCGAACUCUGAGCGGCUACAGGAUACCAGUCGAAGGCGCAGACGAAGGAGAGUGGCACGAGGGCCAGAUGGACGAGACGAGCAGCGCGCGCUCGGCAGCGACUGACGAGGGUCUCGAACUGUCUCAGCGCCUCUCCGAGAGCAUCUUCUCCGGCCCUGAGCUUGAGGCUGCCGGGGAGGAGCUGGUACUGAGUUCGAGCGCACGUCUGCAGGCCGCCACAAGCCGGCUGCUCGACCUGCUUGCCGAGCUCUCACGACAGCUGGAGCAGGCACGAGCAGCGGAGACGGAGCUGGUGUCGGAGUGCAGCCGGCGCACGCAUGAUGCGGCAGGGCUCGCCGAGCGGCUAGCUCAUGAGGCCGAGGCCCGUGAGCAGCUGGCACUGGAGCUGCACAAGGCAGAGGGUCUGCUGGAGGGCUAUGUCGCGGAGAAGCUCUCGCUGCAGGCGGCGCUACAGGAGCGCGAGGCGAGCGAGCGUGCUCUGGCGGGCUCCCUGGAGGCGGCGCGUGGCCGUCUCACCGAGCUCGAGACGGAGCAGCAGCAGCUGGACGAGGAGCGCCGCCUGCUGGAACGGCAGAGGCACGCAAUGGCCGCCUCCGCCACCGGCGCACAAAUGGGGCUCCUGCACGAAACGGAGAAGAUGGCUCAGGAGAAGCGUCGGGUGGAGCAGCAGGCCGAGCGGGGGGCCCAGGAGCUGCACGGCCGUCUGCGUGCGCUGGAGGUGGCGCUGGACGAGGCCCUGGUGCGCAAUGCGGAGCUGGAGAAGGAGCGGCAUGCUGAGGCCAGCGACCUCCAGCAGCAAGUGCUGGCGUUGGAGAAACAGCUGAAGCACCACCGGCAGUUCAUGGAGGAACAAGCGGCAGACCGCGAGCAUGAACGGGAGGAGUUCCAGCAGGAGAUCAAGCGCCUGGAGGGGCAGCUCAAGCAACAGAACAAGGCAACGCCUGCAGAGAGGGCCAGCCGCGAGAUUCAGGGUUUACAGGACCAGGUGGAGGGCCUGGAGGAGGCAGUGCGAGUGCGCCGUGCUCGUGAGGCCGAGCUGCUGCGUGAGCACUCGGAGCAGCGCUCGGCGCUGAGCGAUCGAGCCGAGGAGGCGGAGAGGCAGGCCCAGCGAGCCACCGCACAGCUCCAGCAGCAGCUGCUCAGCCUGCAGCAGGCGCGCGACGAUCUCGCACAGGACAACGAGGCGCUGCAGCAGCAGCAGUACGCGCAGCUGACGCGCAUCUCCGCGCUGCAGGCCGAAGUGGACGAACACCGGCACCGCUCCGCCACCCCGGCGCCUCCGAGUGCAGUCUCCAUGAGCCCCACCGACGCUGCCACGCUGCGUCAGCAGCUGCAGGAGGAAAAGGAGGCGAACGAGCGCAAGAGCAAGGAGAUGACUCAUCUGGAAGAACAGCUGGAGCAGUUUCGUGAGGAGCUUCUCAACAAGUCUGAGGAGAUUGGACAGCUACAGAUGCAGCUGGAGAUCCAGAGGAAGCAGGCAGGCCACGCGACGCAGCUGCAGCAAGGCAAUACCCACAUGAAGAAGGUAGAGCUGUCGGAGGCUGAGGAUGCAGGAGGUGACAGGAGAGCGGGAAAAAAGGAGCAGGUGCUUUUGUCACUGCCGGACGCUCUGCUGCAGGAGAAGAACGCAGAGAUCGACCAACUGACCUUGCAGGUCCAGCAGCUGACGCACGCCCUCCAAGCUGCCCCACCUAGCCAGGCCUUGCAGGAUGAGAAUGAGGAGCUGCGUGCCGAGGUACGGUGUCUGCGGAGCGACGUGGACAGACUGCGGCGGCAGCACGAGGAGGAGUUAGAGCGCACCCACGAGGUGAUCGCGCGCAUGCAGCGCGAGCUGCCCCACGCCGAGGCAACUCUCCGCGCCCCACAGCCUCACGCCGACUCACUGCUCUCCGAGAUGGAGCAGCACAGCCUGGAGGCUCUGGCACGGGACCAGCCAGGCCAGAGCCAAGCACAGCCCAGUGGGGGGCCGUGCACCCCAGAGGAGCAACUCGCAGACAAUGCAAACGAGCAGGAAAAGAAGCAGGUGCUAGAGGAAGCACGGAGGAAGUUGGAGGCGCUUAAAGAAACCUACGAGGUUGUCGUAGAAGAGCACAGGUUGCUGAAGUUGCAAUUGGCAGAACGGGACAAUGAUAAGUCAGCGCUAACGGAGCAGCUGGGAGAGCUGCAGAGAACAGUGGCAUUCCAAGCGGUUGCAGAAGAGGAGAAAGCGGUCGCUCAGCACGAAGCCACGGAGGCCCUUCAGGCGCAGGUACAGCAACUGCUUGAGCAGCUGGAGGAACAACGGCAGCUGGUUGAGCGCCAGACGGAGGCUCACACACACACGCAGCAAGAGAUCUCUGCCACCGCAGCCGAGGAGAAGCGGCAGCUGGAGGAAGAGCUGGCGAAGGUGAGAUCAGAGCUGGGAGUUGUGAGCAUGAGCAUGGAGGAGCAGGCGUUGGCCCUGACCGCACUGUCCGCCCAGAUGGAGUCCAGCACUCGCCUCGCAGACGCACGUGCGGCGGAGGCGGCCGGGCUGGCAGAGCGACUGCAGGAGGAGGAGGCUGCGAUGGCAGAGCUGCUACAGCAGACAGAGGAGCUGCGUGCUACCAUCACCGAGAAGGAAGACUCCGUGCAGCAGCUGAGCGGGGAGUGUGAACGAUUACAGCAAGAGCUGAAGCGGCGGUUAGAGGAGGUGACGUCGCUCACCGUCUCCUCGCGGCCGGCCUCUACACGUCCAGCCGGAACCCAAACUGAGGCAGGGGAGAGCGUGACUGAGGAGGGAGAGUGCUCAGACAGGUCUUCAUCCCUGGCAUCAGAGAGCUCAUCCCUUGGCCUGGGCAUGGCCAGCAAGGCAGGGGCCAUGGUAGAAGCCCACAGCUCUGUGGAGCGCAUGCGCUUCCCAGUGUCUCCCUCCGCCUCGACACUUGGGGGCUCCACACUGUCUCCGCUCUCGCUUUCCCAUCACAUCAGCUUGCCUGGUGAGAGUGAAUAUGAGAGUCUAAGCUGCAAUCUGAAGCGGGAGCUGGACAUGGCGGAUCACCUGGACUCACGGCUUGUCGCUCACCUGCGGCACCAGCAGCUGCAGGCCUUGGGCUCGGACGAGCGAAGCAGUGGGCGAGACAGCCCCUCUGUAUUCGAGGCGUCCUCGCUCAGCGAGCCUGCCCUCUCCACCCCACUGCAGGACAUCCUGACUGUUCUCCACUGGGAAAGUGAGAAGGUCCUGGCUCUUUCUGAAAACACACAAAGGCCGGCACGGGAGCCGUUGGAAGGUGCAGAUGCCCAGCAGGGGGCAGGCACGGGCCCUGACGUCACCAGCACCUGGCUGCAGGAGAAAAGGGUGCUCCUUCAAAACAUAGCUGCACUCAAGGAGCUCCUGGCUCAAAUGUCCAAACAACCAAGUCACGAGGACGCAGCUGAAUCUGACUGGAGGGGGGAGUUUAUCCGUGCGCUGCUGGCGACAUUCGAUGCAGAACGGCGCGCGCUGCUGGUCUCCUCUGCUGCCCAGCCUCCCUUGGGCCAUGCGCCCACACACGGAACCACAGCACAGCAGCUGCUGCAGCUUUUCAGCAACAUGGAGCGCAUGGAGACAUCGGUGCUCGCGGGGCUGGAGGCUGCAGAGCGAGCGAGUCUGCUGUCUGAGCUGGGCACGCUGCGCUCCGAGGGCCGGGUCGCAGCCCUGCAGCACCAGGAGGAGGCUCACCGUCUCCAGGCGGACAUGGCGAGCCAGCAGGAUCAGAGCGCCGUGAGCAAGGGGGCGCUAAAGCGGCAAGUGGAGCUACUCGAGUGCAAGCUACAGCAGGAGCAGGCUGUGGGCGCCGAGCUGCAGACGGAGCUGGGCGUGGAGCGAAGCCGCGGUGCCACGCUGCAGAGAGAGGCGGCUCACGAGAGGGAGCGCGCCGCCGCGCUGGAGGGGCAGCUGGCACGCCUGCAGGCCGAGCUGGACAGCGCGGUGGGCACGUGGCACCAGCAUGCCGCCCAGGCUCAGGCGCUGCUAGCUGAACUGCAGGAGAAGGAGGGCGAGAUUUCUCGUCUGAGGGAGGCACUGAGUGCAACCAAGGUCAACUUGGCCCAGGAGAGGCGGAGCGGUGCCGAUACCCAACCCUGUGGCCUGGGGAGCCAGGGAGAUGCCGGCACGACUUUCACGCAAUUGCAUGUGGCGCUGGAGAAGGCCACAGCGCACUCCACACAGCUCUCGUCCACCCUGGAGCAGGAGCGAGAAGCUGCCGUGAGGCACCAGCGUGACCUGGAGGCGGAGCGGAACAGCCUGAAACUGCGCUUGACCCAGCUGCAGGCCGCACUGGCCGCUGAGAAGCAGCACGUAGGCGAGCUGCAGGUCGCCCUCACAGCGGAGCUCGACCAACGGGAGAAGGCCCCGAGCGGCAGCGUGGCGAGGCCAGUAGACAACGUGUGCAGCGGAGAUAGCGGGGAGAAAAGGGCCGCUGCUCCGGAGCCGGUGCUCGUGGAGGAGCGGGAGGUGGCGGCGCACCACGAGCGGGGCCUGCGGGAGGAGGUAGAGGGACUGAAGGCCGAUGUGGCGCACGCCGGCCGUGAGCUGGAGCAAGAGCGCCGCGAGUGCAAGCAGCUUCGCAGGGUGGUACAGGAGCUGCAGGCGCAGCUGGAGGAGGCGGCCGAGGCUCUACGGCAGGAGAAGCAGCUGGCGGCACGCACGCUCGCGUCUGCGCGUGCUGCCAAGGAGGAGCAGCGCAGUGUGCAGGAGCGGUGCCGCCUCGAGCACGUGGUGCACAUCGAGCAGCAGGAGCAGGAGCUCAGGAGAGCCAGGCAGAGGCUGCUGGAGCUGGAGGAGUGCUGCCGGCGCGAGCAGCAGGUGGUGCUCGAGUUGCGCCAGACUGUGACCUCGCAGAGGAGUAUGGGCAGCACCCCCCCCGCGCUGCCCGCCGUGUCUCUCCAGGGAUUCGCUGGCACCAGCCUAGAGAACACCAUGCAUCGCCUGCAGCUGCUGGUGCUCAGAGUCCAUGAGCUGGUAACGCGCAUCAGCAACCGGCUGAUGGUGCUGCUUGGUGAUGGUUCGGACGAGGAACUGGAGCAGAUGCAGAGGAGCCUCAAUGACCUGAGCAAUGAGCUGAGGCAGAUGCAGUCCACGCUGCCGAGCUCCACCAAGGGCACGGGCCGAGUGAGCCUGGAACUCUCGGAGCGGCUGCUGCAGCAGAACUCGGAGCUGACAGGGCUGGUGUCUCUGCUGACGCAGGAGAAGGAGGAUCUACGCAGCGCCCUCUCUUGUCUGCAGCAGGACGCCCGGCGGCAGCAGCAGCAGCGCGGGGUGGCCCUGGGCGUGACGGAAUCACAGCGGCUUGCCGAGUGGCUCAAGGAGAAGCUCUCCCUGCAGGCAGCACUGCAGGAGUCGGAGACAGAGGUCACACGGCUCCGUGCUCAGCAACAGAGAGAGGCUCUACGCAGAGGCAGCCCCCAGCCAGAUGUGUCCAACAGCAAGAUGCAGCGUCUGUAUGGGCGUUACCUGAAGGCGGAGAGCUUCCGCAAGGCCCUCGUCUAUCAGAAGCGAUAUCUGCUACUGCUGCUCGGUGGCUUCCGCGACUGCGAGCAGGCCACGCUGGCGCUGAUCGCCCGCAUGGGCGCCUUCCCCUCGCAGACCGACAGCAGGCCCCCCGGCGCCCACUCCCGUGCCUUCACGCGCUUCCGCUCGGCCGUUCGCGUCGUCAUAGCCAUCUCGAGGCUGCGAUUCAUGGUGCGUAAGUGGCAGCGAGCGACGAGGAGCCACAGUCCUAUGGAUCGCGGCGGUGGCAGCGCCUCUGAUGGCUCUGUGAGGGCAGAGUCUCCUCGCCUCCUCUCCAACUCCUCCGCCAUUAACUCCCCGCCGACUCGCGACCGACCACACGCUGCCUCGUCGCGAUCGACCCGACAGCAGGCAGCGUCGUCAUCACCUUUGGCCCAGCACAUAAGCCCCUCGCCUGCACACGUCACCUACACGUCCCAGACGCAGGACCCCGAGCGUUCGCUCACUGACUACAUUGGACGCCUGGAGGCCCUGCAGCACCGUCUGGGUGGCCUGCAGCCAGGAUCGCCAAGUUCACGGUAUCGCCUGAGCAGCCGGAGGUGAGACCUCAGCCUUGGCACGGAUGGUGACCCAGGACUACCACCCAUAAUGGCCAGCCUACAACCAGUGAGUCAAGCGAACGGGACCCACCCAGCACGAGGAUGUCCGCAGCAAACAGCGCAGGGCCUCUGAACUAAAACCACGAGCCCCUGCACCCCAAGACACGCACGGCUUCAUCAGCACGUUUGACGAUGGAUUUCUAAAAAAUAAAUCCAAAUGGUCAGUUUUUGAUAAUAUUUAUCUGUUAUUAAUUUUAGCAUGUCACAAUACAUUUUGCUUAUGUUUCUCCUGUACUCUUUUUGUGUGUUUUUAUUAUCAUACAAUUUGCUGUUUCUUUGUACAGAAUGAACUGUAUUAGUAACACUAUUAAUGCAUACUCUACAGUUAACAGUCCCUCCUCUCGAAGAGGUGAGUGCAAGGGUGGGAGGCAGUGAUGAGUUAUUAUUGCCCCUGUGUGAAUGAGCUCUCAUCCUGAUCUGAUGAGUUCAUGUAAUGUAAACUAAGCAGAAACGUAACAUAAAACUAAGUGAACUGAAAGUGACAAUUUGACCAAAUGGUGCUGUUGCAAGGUCAGAUGUACAGAUAUGUGAAUGGUUGUCCAGACAGGCACGACUUUCGUUUCUAUAGUCACCCCCUUUAAUGUGCUCUCGUAACAUAAAAUGAGAAAUAAAUUACAGAUCAGUGUAACAAAGUUGAAAAGUGUGCAAAGAAGCAUGGAAAGAUAUAUGGUUAGAAUUACACAAAUAGAAUCACACAUCUGAGGAUUAUAAUUAUGCAUUGAUCUUGGAACAAAUGUACAUGAGGGAUAUAUUGACUCAAAAGCGGUUUAGGUAAAAUACAUCAUUGGAUGGAUUAAAGGCUGGUCAUGCAAGUCUGGUGAUGCAAUGGUAGCCAAAUGAGAGAACGUCCCUGCGAGGAUGACCACCUGAUGACAUCAGCUCAGGUGCCAGAGCCAGAUGGAUUGUGCCACCGCAAGUUAUUGCAAAAGCGUGGGGAGGCUUCCACCAGGAGGUAGGCAAUUUAAUAAAUAUGGGGAUUUUAUACCAAUCUGAAGUUAGUGAAGCGAAUGUUUUACUCAAUACUGGAAUGUUUCGACCAUCCCUUGUGUGGAAUAGGUAUUCUGCCAUCAGAAUGUAUGUUCUGGUAGAUCAUUAUCUGUGCUGUGGGGCUGUCGGCUGUGUGGUGGCGCCAAUGUGUGGCAGAUCGCAGGAGUGCUCUUACCGCAUGGCAAUUUCUCCACGCGCCUCUGGCUCAUGAGGUUGUAUUUUUGUAAAUGUGUUGGAAAGCUAAGUUUUUAAUUCUGUUCAAGAAAUAAAAGAUACAAAUCAAAAGUU